GUGUGUCUAGUGGGGAAUAUUUAAAGGGAUGGGGAGGGACAGAGCAGAUGGAGGCGAGCAUCUGUCACAGAGAAGACCCAGGCAGAAGACAGGGCUUUAGUGUCAGAGCCAGGGGGAGAACAUUGAGCAAUACAGCUUCAGCAACUCUUCUCGGAUCAGUCUAUAUCACACUUCAACUGAAUUCUGUUGUGAAAACAACCUCGGGAACUUCCCCAACAAUGUCAUUUCCUGCUUCUCCUGAUUUCCCAAAGGAUAAGUCAGAUUUGCGGCACCCCCUGCAAAAGAAAUCCCCUACCAUGACACUAAACAAAAUAGAGAAGCUGGGUGGUCUACGGCAACAUCGAGGAAGUCUUCCAAUUUCUGUAGACUCACACCGGCGUGGCAGUAUGCCCCUGCCCUACAAACACCAGCUGAGACGUGCACAAGCUGUUGAUGAGCUUGACUGGCCGAGUGUCCAUUCAGGGUCAUCUGACUCUGUAAGGUCCUCAGACAGUAAUCCAGAGCCCGGAGCCUACAAAGUCAUGUUGGUUGGUGACACUGGAGUAGGAAAGACAACCCUUGCUGGGAUAUUUGGAGGCCUAAAAGAUACUUUCCCACACGAAGCUGAACAUCCAGAGGAUACAUAUGAGAUAGAUCUGAUGGUAGAUGGAGAAAAGACAACAUUAAUUGUAUAUGAUAUCUGGGAACAGGUAGGUCCCCACACUUGGAUGCAAGAAAGCUGUCUAGAAAUGGGGGAUGCCUUCCUUCUAAUCUUUUCAGUGACAGACAGAAGUAGCUUUCAGCAUCUACCUGGUCUUCUUCUGAAACUGCGCUCUGCUCGUCCACACCGCCACAUUCCAGUCAUUCUUGUUGGCAAUAAGGGAGAUCUAGCUCGCUCCAGAGAGGUCAGCAUGGAAGAGGGACGCUCCCUGGCAGGCAUGCUAAGCUGUAAGUACACAGAGACAUCUGCUGCCCUUCACCAUAACACACAGGAGUUGCUUGAGGGGGUUGUCAGACAGAUUCGCCUUCGAAAAGAUGACGUACAACACAAUCCCCAGCCAGCCACCCUCCUACCACCAGGUCGCAGAGAGAGUCUGACCAAAAGAGCAAGGCGUGUUUUGCAGGGGAUUAUGGGAAAACAUAAAGGUUUCUUCAAGCAGAGGUCGAAAUCAUGCCAUGACCUUUCUGUCCUGUGACUAGUGAACUAUCUUGUCCAUGUGCCAUAAGGAACUCGGACUGGCCACAUGAACUUGUGCCUGCCACAGAAGUCGCAAAACUUUUGACUAUCUUAUAUGGAACCAUAUGAACAGAACAUGGUCCGCAUUAAAAUGAUAUUUCUAUGAACCCCAAUCUGAGACAAAAUAACAGCAACACUAUAAGAAAACUUAUAGAUGAAGCACACUACCUGGUAUAACCCUAUUGAAAAAUGAUGUAUAAAAUCUCCAAAGGCUCUUAGGCUCGAUUCACACCUAUGCAUGUUGCUUAUGAGCGUUUUUGCAAUGCUUUUUG